GGGAUACAUUUAUCAGCCUUUCUUUCCUGCCCACCGCAGCUUAUAUGUGACAUUAUGAUCUGCUGGAAUUUGGCUUUUGGAUGCUGUUGUGGAUUCCCUACAAAGAUGAUGAAUAAGGCUUUCCUGUAACUGCGCUUAGGGAUAAUGGAUCACAAUUUUUCCUCGGACAAUGGAAGUCAAACACAUUUUACAUUUUUUUCAGACUUUAAGACAAAUAACAAGGUGGCUGUGACUGUUUUGGAGACUUUAGUGAUGUCUUUGGUCUUCAUUGUUUCUAUAUUCACAAAUAUAAGUGCCAUCAUCUUGAUGGUUAAAAAGAAAAGGCUGGUAACUGCCAACUGCUUUGUGCUGAACCUGUUCUGCGCAGAUCUUCUUUUCAUCAGCAUGAUCCCCUUCAUUCUGGUUAUCCGCUGGACUGAGGUGUGGGUGUUGGGAGACUUCAUCUGCCAUAUGCAUUUUUAUAUUAUCUGUCUGAGUGGCUGUGUCACUCUUAUUUCCCUUUCGGCCGUAAGUCUGGAGCGGAUGAUCUCCAUUAUGAAAAUCACCCAGGCUACCACUUGCAAUGUAAAAGUAGUGGUGUGUGGACUGCUGGGAAUUUGGGUAUUCUCUGCCUUCACUGCUUUACCCAUGUGCUUAUUUUUCAAUGUAGUGGAACAAAAAGUAAAUGGCACGGUUAUUCAUAUUUGUACUUUGGUCUGGCCGAAUGUUGGAGAAGAAAUUGCUUGGGAUGUUUCAUUUAUUAUUUUGAAUUUUUUCAUACCAGGGUUAAUCAUUGUGGUCAGUUAUACCAAGAUAUUUAAGAUCACAAAGUCAGUGAGGAACCGCUUGAUAAGCUGCACUACUUACCCAGAGAACAACCAAAUGAAGGUCUCCCAUAGAGACUACAAACUCUUCCGUACAUUGUUCAUUCUGAUGAUUUCUUUCUUCAUUAUGUGGACUCCCGUGGCCAUCAUCGUUCUACUGCUUCUCCUUCAGAACCUUCACAAACACGUUUCUAUCCCACCGACCGUGUUUUUUUGGAUAACAACUUUAACUUUCAGUAAUUCUGUUCUCAACCCUAUUUUGUAUAACAUUAAUCUGUUCCGGCAGAAAUGGGUCCACAUUAUUUUAUGCCACUCGGUUGAAGAAAUUGCAGAUACCGAAACCACCACCAAACGAAAUGAAAAUGCUAAUAUUUCGCAUGGAACAUUUUAGAGCUUAUAGUUGUGGUCAGUUACUCACUGGUGGUAAGAAGCCCCAAGAGUGCCCUACCUAAUUUCAUCUUUUACCUACAAGUGGCCAGUAUGCCAGUCAUUAAAAAUACCAUGUAAUUUAAGGUAGGUCAAAAAAGGAAGUGACAACUACCAGCCUACAAUCUGUGAAGCUGCUCUGGAUUCUUUUUUCACCUUGCCUCAUGACAGAAAUAGCACCGUGACCCAAUUAUUGAUAUGAACCAACUCCUGCACUGAGCAGCAAUUUAAGGAAAAUGAACUGGGGAACACUGGUAUAAUGAAUACCUUCUUGCUUUAUUGCCUCCAUCUUGUCCUCCUAAACCUUCUUUCUGCCAACUCAUCCUGCCAACAAUUGAGCCUCAUUAUGUGUGAGAAAGGCAGUCAACCUUGCAGUUUAGAGUCAAUAGGUCACCUGGUGAACUCCUUGUGGGCCCAGGUGUCAGUGGGCUCUCCUGCUCAUUGAAACAUUAGGCCUUGCAUUCCUUUAUCUUGAUCAUUAACCAUUUCUCUAUAGAACAAAGAGGAGAAUCGGAGAGGAGGAUAGUAUGUAAAUAGACAUAGGACAAUAAAGACACUGACUGAGAAGAUGAAAUAUAAUGUGAAGAAUGGGCCUGUGGCCUAAGGUUUUCUGGUGGGCCCCUGGCAUCUCAGUCCGAAAUAAGAAUAAAUAGUAGUUCUUGGACUUUUUUUCAAAAAGCAAAUGCAAGUUACUUAAUGGCUCCUUGUUCGCAAGGUAUAGAUUGACCAUAUUUAUUGAAAAGGGUGUACAAUUUUUUUUUUAUUUUUAAACAGAUGCUAUUCUAAGGCAACUCAUUAACACUUACAUUCUCAAGUUAUUGCAUUUCUGCUUGCCUCUUACCCUUAGGAGUUGUGCUGUUGAUAUCUGUGGAAGAACAAGUGCCACUGGACCUACGUUAGGGAUGUUGGAAUAAUACAACUCUUGAAUUGAACUUCUACCUAAAAAUGACAGGCUGCCAGCUAGAAAAUCCUGUCUGCAUAUACAAAUGCAUGAAGUGUAGUGCAUAAAAAAUAUGACUUGCCUAUAAUGUAUCAGUCAUGAAACCAAAACCACAACACACAGGAUUUUAAAGAAAUGUAUUUCAUCCGAAUACACAAAUCAGCUGGGAGAAGAAGGUUUACAUUGAAGAAGUACUAUUAAAUAGUUAAAGAAUGGAGCACUGGGUAUCAUAUGUACAUUGGUACUAUCAUCAUUGUUCUUUAUUCCUUUAAAACCAAGGUUGUUAAACUUUUAUUGAUAUGAGCACUGAGAUGUGGUUGCUUCUGCCUGUAAACGUUACAUCAA